AUGGGAGCAAUAAAAUUGGAACUACCUUGUGUUACUGCGAGUAAUGGAGUAAUAAUAACACCAGACCCUGAUCCAAACUGGAAUUUAGAUUCACUAUUAUCAGAACUAAAUUCUUUAAACCUCAAACUCAAUGGCACUUCAUCUCCAGAUUCUUCUUACCUUAUUGUACCUUUGGCUACAAGUACAACUAAACAAGUUCACAGUAAGAAAGUGGUUAGUCAGAUGCAGAGGGGUUUUGUGAUGAGAGUACCUGAUUAUUCCAGUGACUCGGAAACCUCUGGGGAUGAUGAUGAUGAUGAUUCGGUUAUCAAAGAGAACCAGACGCGAUUAAUGGGUAGAGUUGGAUUGCUGGAUGGUGUUUUAGCUGAACUGGAGCAUGAAUUGUGCCAUCAAGGGACUAAAGAGAAGAUAAGGAACAAAGUGAAAAAGUUACAAACUGAUUUGAUGCAUGAGUAUGAGAGGUCAGCUUCUCUACUCAGCCAGCUUGAAAAGGAUGGAGAUUAUGAAAGGGAGCUAGACAGACAGUCAGAUAUGCAGCAUUGUCGCGCAAUUGCAGAAGAAAGGGAGAACCACUUAUUAGCAGUCCAUAGGGAGCGUGAGCUCCAGUCACGGAUUGAAGAGCGGAAAAUAACAAAUGCAUUGGAGGAAGCUAGAAGAGAAGAACAAGUUUUACGUGAAGAGAGGCUUCAAAAGGAAAACCUGGCUCAUGAGCAGAAAAUAAAAAAUGCUGCUGCUGCAGCAUUGGAGGAAGCUAGAAGAAAGGAAGAAGUGAGGCUUCUAAAGUUGAAGGAACAAGCUUUACGUGAAGAGAGGCUUCAAAAGUUUAAGGAACAAGCUUUACGCGAAGAUAGGCUUCUGAAGGAAAUUGAUGAAAAAAUCCAGGCUUUCAGAUCGAUUUCUAGUCAGGCUUUCCGUGAUCAGGAGUUGCAAAUUGGUCGGCGGAUAAGGCAGAUAUCCGGGAGUAGAGAUAGUGUCAUAGCAAAAGCGAGUGAACUGAUUACACUUCUUAAUGAUCCUCUACUAUGCCCUCAAUCAAUUAGCGCUGCUAUAUUCGCAAAGAAGAUUGUGUCUCAAUGCUCAAACCAGAGGGCAAACUUUAACGGUACUGCAUUUGCGUAUGGGUAUGUCAUUGUUUUUGUUACUUCGCAGGUUCCCCUUGCGAUGGAUCUUCUUCUCGCGGAGCUCCAUAAGGCUUGUAUAUACACUGACCCAAUGCAUCUAGUUUGCUCAAAGCCUGCAGCAAUAUCUAAAGAAGACUGCUUUAAAAUGACGGGUUUCCGAGAAGAAGAUUGGAAUGCUGCAGAAAGCCUUGAAAGUUAUUUGGAAGGAGUGGCAUCUUAUAUAAAACUCUACGGAGCACUAGUUCAGACAGAAGUUAGAGGUGUCAAAACCCUACAUGGUCUCAAGGAAGGUUGGGCAUGGGUUGCCAGGUUGUUGAAUUCAUUGGAACCCGACAUAUACACUGCAGUAGCUCUGUACAGCUUCCUGGAAAUGGCAGGUUUUGCACUCUUCAGGGCAUACAAAACUCAGUUCCAGAAGAUGUUAAAUUUUAUAUCUGGCCGCUUUGUGGAUGCCCUGGAAUCAAAGCAGGAUCCAGACCUUAAACCAGUCAUCGUGCAACUUGAAACUUAUAUCGACACAAACCAAUUCCUCAAGGAACCAGAAGGACGGCAUUUGAAAACCUGUUUAUUGUCUGAGAUGGCUAUGCCAGAGGAGAAUUACCGUCCUCAACAGAGAAGACAAUAUUACACCGGCUGA